AUGCCACUUGAGACUCUUUGCCCAGACAUCUUGGUUUCUAUUGCAGAACUGCUGACUUCCAAAGAUAUUCUCCAAUUGUCCAUAACCUGUCAUUCUCUCUCUAAAAUACUCUACUAUGAGUGUCUAUGGAAAUCACUUUGCAGCUCCAUAUACGGUAUUUCAUACAAACAUCCAAACCAAACCUACCAUUCGCUUUUCCGGUCGCUCGAUAACCCCGGAAACUCCCGCCUUCCAUGUCCCCAUAUUGAACUACUUGAUAUACAUCAAACUCCACUUCAUGGUCUUUUGGUAGAUAAGGCGACUGACCCAGUGUCAUGGGAAGGUGUUGAAUGUCAUGAAUGUGACGUGAAAGGGAUAAAUUCUCUAUUCAUUUGCAUGUCGCCAGAAUGUCAUAUCAUAUUAUGCCAACAUCAUGCCAAAUCCCAUGCUUCCCUUCGUUGUGUCCACCACAAUGUGUUCUUCAAGCCGAACAUCGGGGAGAUAUUCUGCUUCUCCUGUAUUGAUUGGUUGGGAAAUGAAUGUGCAAAUAUAGCAGAACGAUACAAGGAAGAAAUUCUAAACGACCACUGGUCCAUUGUAAUGUACUGCCCAUCAUAUAGACAAAAAAACACAAGUGACAAGUUACGGAGACGGGAGGAACGCAUAGUCCGAUGGCGAGAUUCUCCUCAUUACAUAGCAACUUCAGGUAGACCUAUCUGCUUUAUCCCAACAGAAUGGAUGAAUACUUGGGAGCAGUAUAUCGAAGGCUGGCAAACAGAUCAUCCACCCAUGAUCGAUUUGCGCUUAUGGUAUCUUUCAAAUGGAUAUUUACGACCAAAUAUUGCGUUUAAUCCUUUUGCGCCUAGUACCACUGACAUUACUCUCAUAUCUUGGGAUACAUGGGCCUACUUAGAAAAUAAUUAUCCGAUACUAGGGGCCUUAUUAACAGAAAAUAAUCUCUCGACCCAAAAAAACAACAACCGAUGGAGCACCUAUUUAGAAGUAUGGAAGCGACGUGCCAGAGGCGAAUAA